CCCAUUUCCUCCAAGUCACCGGCUAACGGCGAAGGAAGUGUUUGAUAAUGAUGGGAAACCUCGUGUGGAUAUCUUAAAAGCACAUCUCAUGAAGGAGGGCAGACUGGAAGAGAGUGUUGCAUUGAGAAUAAUAACAGAAGGGGCAUCAAUUCUUCGACAGGAGAAGAACUUGCUGGAUAUAGAUGCUCCAGUCACAGUUUGUGGGGACAUCCAUGGACAGUUCUUUGACUUGAUGAAGCUCUUUGAAGUGGGGGGCUCACCUGCCAACACUCGCUACCUCUUCUUAGGGGACUAUGUUGACAGAGGGUACUUCAGUAUCGAAUGUGUGCUCUAUUUGUGGGCCUUGAAAAUCCUUUACCCCAAAACACUGUUUUUACUUCGUGGAAAUCAUGAAUGUAGACACCUAACAGAGUAUUUCACAUUUAAGCAAGAAUGUAAAAUCAAGUAUUCUGAACGUGUAUACGAUGCCUGUAUGGAUGCCUUUGACUGCCUUCCUCUGGCUGCCCUGAUGAACCAACAGUUCCUGUGUGUACAUGGGGGUUUGUCUCCAGAGAUUAACACUUUAGAUGAUAUCAGAAAAUUAGACCGAUUCAAAGAACCACCUGCUUAUGGACCGAUGUGUGACAUCCUGUGGUCAGACCCCCUGGAGGAUUUCGGAAAUGAGAAGACUCAGGAACAUUUCACUCACAACACAGUCAGGGGGUGUUCAUACUUCUACAGUUACCCGGCUGUAUGUGAAUUCUUACAGCACAAUAACUUGUUAUCUAUUCUCCGAGCCCAUGAAGCCCAGGAUGCAGGGUAUCGCAUGUACAGGAAAAGCCAAACAACAGGCUUCCCCUCUCUAAUUACAAUUUUUUCAGCACCAAAUUACUUAGAUGUAUACAAUAACAAAGCUGCAGUAUUGAAGUACGAGAACAACGUUAUGAAUAUCAGGCAAUUCAACUGUUCUCCUCAUCCAUACUGGCUUCCAAACUUCAUGGAUGUUUUCACAUGGUCCUUGCCAUUUGUUGGGGAGAAAGUGACGGAGAUGCUGGUGAAUGUCCUCAAUAUCUGUUCGGAUGAUGAACUUGGGUCAGAAGAAGAUGGAUUUGAUGGAGCAACCGCGGCGGCCCGGAAGGAGGUGAUAAGGAACAAGAUCCGAGCAAUCGGCAAAAUGGCCAGAGUGUUCUCCGUUCUCAGAGAAGAGAGUGAGAGUGUGCUGACGCUGAAAGGCUUGACUCCAACGGGCAUGCUCCCCAGCGGAGUGCUUUCUGGAGGGAAGCAAACGCUGCAAAGUGCUACUGUUGAGGCUAUUGAGGCUGAUGAAGCCAUCAAAGGAUUUUCACCACAACAUAAGAUCACUAGCUUCGAGGAAGCCAAGGGCUUAGACCGGAUUAACGAGAGGAUGCCGCCCCGCAGAGAUGCCAUGCCCUCUGACGCCAACCUGAACUCCAUCAACAAGGCCCUCGCUUCCGAGACGAACGGCACGGACAGCAAUGGCAGCAAUAUUCAGUGACCACUUCCUGUUCACUUUUUUUUUUUUCUGAGCUGCAGGGCAUGAUGGGGAUUGCUGUAUAUCGGCAGUGGGAUAUUCUUGCCUCAGAUGGUAGUCUAUUUGCUCUGGGGGCCAGGAAUUCAGAAUUCAGUUUACACUAUCAUAAAAUAAAAGCGGGAGAGAGAUGAUAAACUAUAUUUUGUUGGGGGUUGUGAUCAAACACCUCCUUUGGGGAUGCCUUUUAAAAAAAUGCUUCUGGGGGGGGAAUUUUAAAGAAAGCUAACGCUAGUAUAUAUACUGCAAUGUUAGGGGAAUGAACGUGUUUUCCUACUGCAUUGGGGGGACUUCUAGCUAGGUUAAUGAAAGGCCUUUUAUUAUGUUACUGGACAUGAACACUUUGUCUAAUUUCCUACUCUACUGUACGUUUACAGUCACGGCACUAAAAAUGGAUGACAUCAAACAUUUUUAACAAAAUGAUGUACAAACUAAAUAAGGACUAUUUAUUGAUAAUGUUUUGCUACUCUUGUCAGACAAUGGCUAUAAACUGAAUUAGGCAGUCUUAAAAAAAAGGAAAAAAAAGAAUGUUGCAAAUUUGUUAAAAUGCCAAAAGGACAGUAAUUUUGUACAGAUUAUGUUUACCUCAGGUUUCUGUAGUGUGCUUGAAUGCCCUUUUUUCUUCCAUGUAACACUUCCUAAUUUGGCAAUGAGUAUCUUUCCUUUAAGUUUCAAAAAAACUGGAAUAAUUACAUCUAUCCUUUAUUUGCUGUUUAUAUUUAGGGUUUUUUGUUGAAAAAAAUCAAGUCUUGGUUGUGGCUUGCUGAAUUAAAUAUUUAUGAGUGGUGCAUUUUUAAGUAUAGUGAACAAGACACCAUAUUAAGUAAAGUGAUAAAGCAUCUAUAUUCUGUAAAAAAAAAAAUCUGCCUAUGCAUGUUUUUUAAGAAAAAAAGUGGCUGUCUUGGCCUGUACGGGACUGUCAUGCUCGUAGUGGCCUGACUGCGUACUGGAAAUGUACGUAUACUGGCGUCCUUCAUAUUCCCGAAUGCUUCAUGCCUUGACAUUUUGUAAUCAAAAAAGCUUUGAAAAAAAUCUAAAGGGGAGAGAGUAUUCUUAAAAGUUUUUAACAUAAGCUUGUCAGUGCACAUAUAGAUGGUUAGCAUGUUUAGCAAACUUUGUGAACUUUAAAUAAGUUUGUAGUGACAUGUGAAACUCUAAAUGCAUGGUAACUGCUACUGUCAUCAUGGUUUAGUUCAUUUCAUUCUGUUCUGUCAUGUGCCACAAAGAAAUAUGUACUUUUUUUCACUUUUUUUUCCCCUUUGUAUAUCAGUUACGGGUUACAACUGGUUCAUUCUGAAAACAACAACAACAAUAACAAAAGUCCAUUCAUAUUUUUUAACAAUUGUAUAAGUGCCCAAGUAAUUCACUACAGCCUAAAGCCUUGCCUUUGUAAUUUGACUUCUGAAAUGUUGGCAAUCAAAGCAUGCACUUGUAACAAUGAAAAAGAAAAAGCAUUUUAUAUUACUACUCAAUAAAAAAAAAUGUGCAUGAACUUAAAGAACUCUCAUCCUUUCACUGAGUCUGAUGAAGGGAUUGAAGUGCACAGCCACCGUGGCGUCUUCUAGGUGCUGGGCUCCCCAGCAGGCAUCACGGCUUCACUUUAAUAGGCUCAGGCAGGCCUUGUGAUCUAAAGUGCGGUGCCUGCUUCAGCUGUAAGAAUCUUGGUGGAUUUGUGUCUCAAAUCAGACAAGAGCAAUCGAUUUAACGCACAGAUGCCAUCUUUUCUGGCUCCAGGACUGUGGGAGUCCUUUAUGAAACCAGAGCAUUCCUUUUCAUUGGGAAAAAAAGCUGUAGCCAUUUGUUGUCAGGUUGUUUCAGUUGUAUUGGAUGCCCUAUCUGCUACAGCCAAAAGAACUACGCUUCCAAGUGCAUUGCACUCCCAGGAGAGAGUUGCAUUUGUAUUGAUAUGAAAUUUGUAUACCAGCGCAUCAGCUAAUAUCUAAUCACCCGGAUAUUUAAGACACACCAAGUUUCAGUUUGUUUCUAACAUUGUUCAUUUUUAGUGCACUUUGUUUUAUGUAAUAAAGUCAGCCUGUUUUAUUAAAUAUUAAGAAUAUGGCAAUUAGUGAUCGAGUGUACCAAAACAAAGAUGUUCUAGAUAUAUUCUCUGACAAAGACUAUCCCAGGUUGAUUUUAAUGAAUCCAAAUCCCUCACCCCAGUGGGUCUUUUUCCAUCCCUCCAAAAAAAGGACAGACAAGAAAAAAUUAGGCGCACCUUACUGGAGUGAUGUGAAAGAAUGGUAUUUCUGGUACAAGGUGUUCGCUUUCUUUCUUAUACCUGCAGAGACAAUAUCCUGACAAAAAGAAAAUCUUUUUUUUUUUAAUUCUUUUCCUUUACAAAUUGUGCUGAGGCAACUAUGGCAUAGAAAUAAACAUUUGACAUUAAAAUAA